CGCGCCGGGCGUUUCAAAAAGCCCCUGAGGCGCGUCCCGGCGCCAGCCUCUCGCGCGCAACUUCUCGGGUCGCCGCCGCCUCUCAGCAGCCUCCGGGCGCCGGCCGACGCCAGCCGGUGUGCAGGUUCCGGGCCCAGGCCGCUGUCCGCCGUCCGCUGUCCGCCGUCCGCUGUCCGCUGUCUCCCCGGGGCGCGCGCGCGGGCGUCACCAUGGUUCACUUCUUGCACCCGGGCCGCUCGCCCCGGAACAUCGUCCUUCCCGACGCCCAGAAGGAUGCCCUGGGCUGCAGCGUGGUGCAGGAGGAGGCGUCUCCCUACUCUUUGGUGACCAUCUGCCUGAAAUUCCUGAUUGCCAACUUGGAGAAGUUGUGUUCUGAAAGACCUGAUGGAACACUGUGCCUUCCGGAGCCUUGGAGUUUUCCUCAGGAAAUAGCUGAUCAGUUCCUUGGGUUGAUGACUUGGCAUGGCAAGCUGAAUGAUAGAACAGCAAGCAUUUUCCGAGGCAGCCAGAUGAAACUGAAGCUGGUCAAUAUCCAGAAAGCCAAAAUCUCCGCAGCUGCUUUCAUAAAAGCCUUCUGCCAUCAUAAGCUCACUGAAGUGGAUGCUACUGAAGUAGAAUGUGACCUCCCAAUCCCCGAUAUUUUAAGUGGACUUUGCAGCAAUAGCUGGAUCCAGCAAAACCUACAGAAUCUCUUCUUGGGCUCAGCAAGUAUGCCUCAAGAUUCAAGACUGUUCUUUGGUCAGCUCACUGGUCUUCGCGUUUUAAGUGUUGUCAGUGUCGAUUUUCAUAAUGGAGACCUGGCUAAUGUUUGUCAGUUACCGAAACUGGAAAGCUUGGAUAUCUCCAAUACUCUGGUCACUGACAUUUCUGCACUCCUUACCUGUAAGGAUCAUCUGAAAUUUCUCAGCAUGCAUUAUCUGAAAUGCCUGACCAUGACCGGACCACAAGUUAUUUCAGUCAUUAGUAAACUCAAUUGUCUGCUUCACCUUGAUAUUUCUGAUCAUAGACAACUCAAGUCUGAUCUAGCUUUUCAUUUGCUACAGCAGAACGAUAUCCUGCCUAAUGUUGUAUCCUUGGAUAUAUCUGGGGGCAGUCAAAUCACUGAUGGAGCUGUAGAACUGUUUGUACGACAGCGGCCUGCUUUGCGUUUCUUGGGACUGUUGGCUACGGAUGCUGGUUAUUCUGACUUCUUUACCACAAAGCAAGGCUUGAGGGUUGCUGGAGGAGCCAAUAUGAAUCAGAUUUCUGAAGCACUGAACCACUACAGGAAUAGAUCAUGUUUUUUCAAAGAAGCUCUCUACAGGCUGUUCACAGAGACAUUUUCAACGCAGGUAAUCAUGCCUGCAGUUUUAAAGCUUGUGGCUAUAGGAAUGAGGAACCAUCCACUGGACUUGGCAGUGCAGUUCACCGCCAGUGCUUGUGCCCUCAACUUGACUCGCCAGGGCCUGGCCAAGGGGAUGCCUGUUCGUCUGCUGUCAGAGGUUACCAGUCUACUUCUCAAAGCUCUGAAAAAUUUUCCUCAAUACCCCCAGUUACAGAAGAAUUGUCUUCUCUGCUUAACCAAUUCCCGGAUUCUUGCGGAUGUUCCAUUUGACAGAUUUUAUGCUGCAAAGUUUGUUAUGGGAUGGCUGUGUAGGCAUGAAGACCCCAAGAUGCAAACAAUGGCAGUGAGCGUCAUCUCUAUUCUAGUCCUCCAGCUCUCACCUGAGAGAAUUUUACAGCUUAAAGAAGAGCUCUUCUCAGCAAUUAAGGAACUGCUGGUGAUAUUAAAACAAAAGACUACUGAGAAGUUACAUGAUAUCACCUUCUUGUUCACUUUGAAAGCACUUUGGAAUCUCACAGACGAGUGUCCAGCUGCAUGCAAGCACUUUGUUGAACAUCAAGGAUUGCCCAUCUUCAUUCAAGUCUUGGAGACUUUUCCGGAAUCAGCAAUACAAAGCAAAGUACUUGGUCUUUUGAACAACAUUGCCGAAGUCACAGAGCUCUCGUGCGCACUGAUGAGCAGCGAGGUGCUGCAGCAUGUCAGCAGCUUACUCCACAGCAAGGAAAUAGAAGUCAGCUAUUUUGCUGCAGGUAUCAUAGCCCAUCUGACAUCCAACAAGCAGCUCUGGAAAUACCGUGGCCGUCAGAGGAAAACUGUUCUCCGAGAUCUGCAUGCAGCCAUCCAGAAUUGGCCAAGUUCAAGUUGUAAGAUGUCAUCAUUAGUGACCUACAGAUCCUUCAAGCCUUUUUUCCCACUGCUUGGCAACUUCUGUCAACCAGAGGUUCAACUCUGGGCACUGUGGGCCCUGUGUCAUGUCUGUAGUAAAAACCCCAGCAAAUACUGCAAAAUGCUUGUGGAAGAAGGAGGAUUUCCGCUUUUGUGCAACAUCCGGGAUCACAAGAGGGCACAUCCCCAAGCACAGCAGCUCGCGGCCUCCAUUCUCGAUGACUUCCGAAUGCACUUCAUGAAUUACCAGAAGCCCUCUGUGUGCCAGGUGCCGGUUCUCACCUGAGUGCCUGCAGCUGUGCCCUCUGCUGUAGCUUUCCUCGUUGAAUUCUGUGUUGAAACCAGCUGUGCGAGUUUGUGGAGCAGCCAUCUUAUUACCUUUCUUUGUUGGUCUCUGUAAGUUUCAAAAGCUUGCGUUCAUUCUAUAGCAUCAUCCGGAUCAGGUUGGAAUUCGUCUGGGGACACCUUGUUGGUAGCGGUUUUGGAUAACUCGAACCAUGGAUGCUCUGGGGUGAGUCGGGGGCUUGUCUCACGCAGCAGUGCCAGCUUCUCUUCUGCAGCGCAGAUGCUUCUUCAUUCAGAGGGUGUCCUGAGGCCAGGACCCUUCACCCUCAAGGGAAAGCAAAAAGACCACAGGGCAGCCUGCAUUGUUGAUCCUCCUUCCAGGAAGCCACUGUGCUUUGAGAAGACAGAACCUCUGCUGGAAGGGAGAAGUGAUUUUUUUUUUUUUUUAAUGGCACCUUCUACCUUUUACAAAUUACCUUCUACUUGAGGCAGAGAAAGGUAAAAUACGUUUUUUAACCAUUUUGGGUUUUCUCCCUUGCAGCUUCACUGAUCAGACCGGGGGAGCAUGGCAUUGUGUCUGCUGGUGUGAUGGGAGUACCUAGUGGGCCUUAGGGCCGGGGAAAGGUAUUGCCAGAAGGGCCCCUGCGCCCCCCAGGCUCUUCUGAGAAUCAACUGCAAUUUUAAAUGUUUCUGAGAAUAAAGUAGCAUCCUGCUUGAUUGUCAGGAUAUUUUCAGAAUAGUUUUUUGUAGAGUGCCAUUUGUACUGUCCUUUGGAAUCAAAUGGGGAAAACAGCUCAUUUUUCCUUAUUCUACGCCGUGUCCCAAGCUAUGAGAGUUCCUGGCAGUACUGAAUGCUAGCUUUUGCUAACAGGAGGAUGCACCAUGGAACCCUUGUCUCUUGAGGUCCAGUGCGUAGCAGGCACCCCUUCAAGUAUGGGCUCAUUUACAACUCCCUGGGGCAACUCAGUGUCUCGUCCUCCCUUUGCAGAGUGCCCACAGCUGGUGUGCUGGUGCCGCUCUCACGCCACCGGCUCUCUGUGAGCCUCCCUCCCAGGACGCAGGGGCACAAGAGCAGCAAAUCCAUAGUGUCACUGGCCAGUGUCUGUGCCCAGCCAGAGCCCCAGCCCACUUAGGGAAUGACCACAAGUCCACUGCUGGAGAGGUGGCCUGGGUCCUAGAGGAGCAGGGCUGCCAAGACCAGUCUGUGCAGGUGAAUGCUGGCCCCUUUUCUUCAGGACGCUCUCUGCUUACUCACCUUCGCUCUUGCCCUCCUCCUCAGCGCCUUCAGGCUUCAGUUCAAUGUAACUGCCCAUUCCCUACCCUUGCUUCUCCACCCAAGCCAGCCACUCCCUCAGUGCUCCUGAAGGCCAGGAGUCCCCUGCUGCUCUGCGAUGGACAAGGAGGCGU